AUGAUUUUGGCCCAGAUCGAGGAGUGGUACCAGACCAUCUGUAAGACCUCCAAGUAUAGAGAAGACUUCACCUACAUUCGUGACAUGCGCCGGUUGCUCAACAAGAAGGGUUACAUCUUCCCGGACGUCAAGACCGAAGACGCAGCCGUGUUGAACCCAUCGGACAAUUUGAAGCUGUUGGAGGAUAUUCAGAAGGAGGAGGCUGUAGUCCAUAGUGCUAAGUUACAGGAGCUCAUUCGUAGAGGUAAGCCGCAAGAUUUGCAGGAGGCUAACCGGUUGAUGAAAAUCAUGGCCGGUUUCAAGGACGAUAAUGUCGUAGAGAACAAGAAGCAGGUUUCCGAAGAUGUGGCCCGCUUGAAGCGUAAGACGGAGAUUUUCGAGGAAAUGUUGACCACAGCUCAAGAAACAAACACUCCAAUCACCGAGGACAGCGACACUCUCAUUGAAUUGUACGCCUCCAUCAAGAGCGCUCGUCCAAUUGUGACUAAGAUCAUCGAAGAUGAAAACAACGACGAGGAGUAUGUUCAAGAAUUGCUACAACUCAACGAUGUCAUCAACCAGUUGAUGCAAAAGUUCGAGUUCAUGAAGUCUGGCGAUAUUGCUCUGGCCUCGAACAUCAAUGUUGCUUCCUCUUCCACCCACGCAAAGAAAGAAUUGAACUUGAUUGACUUCGAUGAUGAGCCAAUCAGCUCGGACACUACAGGUAAGGAUGAACAGGGCUAUCAGGAUUUGCUCUCAGAUUUGUCCAACUUGGCUUUUACCGACUCUUCUGUGGGUUCGUCGAAACCUAACCAAGUCAACCCUCUUGAUUUCUUCGGCGCGGGAGGCUCGAUAUCCUUGAGCAACCCAGCCACCGGAAGCAACACUUUGAGACAACCGGUGCCAGUUGCAACGUCUCAGGCUGGUACUUCGAGCUCCAACUUUGACCUUUUGGGUGACUUGGGCUCUCCUUCGCCUCAACUUCAAUCCAACACAGCAAAACCAUUGGACCCAUUUGCCUUGAACUUCCCAUCAUCAACUCCAUCUCAAGUCCAGACUUCAGAGCCAAAGACUAUCAUUACUGCUCAUGAUUCCAAUGAUUUGAAGAUAGAGAUUGAGUUCGCCCAGCAGUCGGGUGCAACCACUGGACGAUUCUACGUCAGCAACAAUGGAAGCAGUCCGAUGAAUCACUUCAAGCUUAUGGUGGCCGCACCUAAAGGAUUCAAAUUGGAUUUGAGGCCCCAGAGCGGCGACACUGUCUACAGCUUCAGUCAAAGAGGUUUGACACAAGACUUCUCUGUCAACAGCAUCGCCGAUAAACAGCUCAAGUUGAAGUGGAAGGUUGAAUUUUCUCAUUCUGGCGCUAACGUCGAAGAGCAGGGAUUGACAGUGUUGAAGUAG